AUGAAAUCAGCUUCACGAUUUGAUAUAAUAAAGAAUGAAUUAAUUCCUAAAAAAAAGUGGAAGGAAGAUUAAGAAAUAAAUUAAUGUGGAAUGUGCGAUAAUAAAUUUAAUGCUUUAUUUAGACGUAAGCAUCAUUGCAGAAGAUGUGGAUAUAUUUUUUGUUAAGAUUGUUCAAACCACUUUAUAGAUGGACCUCCUAAUGAAGGUGAGAAAAAAAUUCGAUUUUGCAGACGUUGUUAUGAUAAAAUUAAUCAAUUGAUAGCUGACAAAGGAUUCUUUGUAGAUAAUGAAGACUCAACAUUAAAAAGUACAAUCAUAAAGGAAGGAUAUUCUCAUUCUAAAAAUGCUUCAAAAUAAUUUGAUACUGCAGCUACCUUUACCUCUUCAAAAAGCAUAAUUGUCAAAGGAAAUGAAGGCUAAUAAUUUUAGGAGGAGGAUGAAACACUUUUAGAAAUUAAUCAAGAGAAGGAUGACAUUUCAGAAUUUUUUGAAGACUCUGAUAUUGCUAAAGAUCAAUUAACUAUUUUAUAGGAAAAGAGUAGUAAUUUUUUAGAAAAAAUAUGUGAAUACAUUUUGCAAAAUGUACUUUAGCCUAAUAAGCCUUAUGAAAAAGUUAUUGAAUUUUGGAAAUCGAAAAUGAAAGUAUUGAUUACAUAAUGUGUUUAAGAAAUUUAAUUUCAUUCUUUAAACAUAAAACUUAUGGAUAUUAAUCAUUUUAUCAAAAUAAAAAUAAUCGAUUAUCAUGAUGAAUAAUUAACGAGCUUUUUUCCUGGAGUUAUUUUUCGAAAAAAUGUGGCGUUAAAGUAAAUGUAAUCUGAAAUAAAUAAACCUGUCAUUAUUAUUAUAAUAGGUGAUUUUGAUAUGGAGGGUUCAUAAAAUUAAUUAGAAGAUUAUAUUCAAAAUGAAAAAAAACUCUUGGUUGAAUCAAUAAAUUAAAUUUAUAAAAAUUAUGAACCAAAUUUGAUUUUAGUUGAAAAAGGAGCUAAUAAAAUUGCAUUAGAUGAAUGCCUCAAGAAAAAAAUUACUGUGUUAACUAAUGUUAAAAAGAAAGUCCUAAAAAGAGUGAAACUGUGUACGGGUGCUAAAUUUAUAAAUUUGUCUACGCUAAAACUUUGCAUUGAGCGAUAGGAAUAAAUUGUAGGCCGAUGUGAGAAGGUUUUUUUUAAAUAAUUUCCAAAGUCUAUUUAAGAAAAAGGGGAAAUGUAAAAAGAUUCUACUUUAUGUUUCUUAAAAACUUCAUAAUGCUAAAAAUUUGCUACAAUUACUUUAAGUGGGCCCUCUGAAGAUUUAUUAUCUAAAUUAAAGUAAUGUUUUAUGGGAUGUGCGAGAUUAGGCAAGCAUCAAGAUCUGGAAUCUCAUUUUAUAACAACUGAGUGUUCAAUGUUUAAAAACAAUCAAUUAAAAACAAUUUCUAAUUAGGGAAAUUUCACAACCUUCUUAUUUGAAAAGGUUCCUUUAAAAGAUUUAUUCAUAAUAGAAUUAAAAUAUAUUAAAAUAAAUUAUGUUUUAGCAGAUGUAAGCAAUUUUAAUGACAUAAAAGAUUUUUCUAGCUUGGAAGAUUAUAAAUCUAAACAUCCUUCUCAAAGAGAUAAAUUAGAAGAGUUUUCAAUGGCCAGGAUGUGCAAUAAGCCUCAAGAAAAAAAGUCAGUAUUUUAUCAUGGAGAAGAUGUAUGCUUAGGAUAAUUUAUUAUUUUGAAAAUAGCAAAUAAGGACAAUAAAUGUGAAUUCUGUCAUUUACCUAAAAUAGCUCAUGUUUCCUUUUAUUAUUGUGGAGAUAAAUAUAUAAAAAUAAGUGUUGAUUAAAAAAACAGAAGUGGAAGAAUAAUAUCAACAAAUGAGCCUCCUUAAUUAUCAAAUUAAGUCUCAUAGUAAUUUUCUUAAUUGUCAAAUGAAGAUGAAAUAAGGGAUAAUGUGUAUACAGCAAAGGAUAUCAGCAAGAUUGUCCAGUAAUCGCAUUCAAAUUAAAAGGGGGAAAAAAAAAAGAUAAAAAUAGAGACAUAUAUUUAAUGUAGCAAAUGUGAUUUAAGUUCAAAUAUUGUUAAAUUGUCUAGUUAAAAUUUAGAUUUUUCCUUUUUUAGAUUUAUGUAAACCAUAUUAAUAAAUCAAUCAAACAUAAAUGAUAGAUAAACUAGUUUCUUAUCAAAUAGUUGUAAUCAUUAAAUACAGAGAAUAUUCAUGUAUGAUGAAUCAAUGGUGAAAAUAUAGGUUGGAGAAGUUGAAGUAUUUUCUUCAAUAAUAUAAAACACUCUAAGUUAAGAAAUACUUGAUAAUUUAAGGAAAUGGGAAAAGGAGUAUAUAUAAACUUAAAAAAAGGAUCUUUUUCAGAGAUACUUAAAUAUCGUUUUUUAAUUAACGCAAUUAAAGAAGACUCUAUCCAAAGCAGUUGAUGCAGAGAACAUUGAAAAAUAUGCAGAUGAAAAGUGUUGGUAAGAGAAAUUUUCAGGAAUGAAUUCAAUUUCUGAUUUACAAUAGUUUAUUUAUACUUAUGAUUGCAUCUAAUUUCAAGAGAUAGGAGAUUCAAUAAAAGCAGAUAUGAAAAAAUUUCAACAUAAAAAUUCCAUGAACAAAAGUUAAAAAGAUGUAGAUAUUUAAAUUCCAAUAAAUUAAGGUUACUUGUCUGGAUAAGAAUGUGAGACCAUUCAUUCUGAUAGUGUAGUUGGAGAUGAUAUAGAACAUUAGAGCGAAUAAUUAGGAGAUAUUAAAUCGCCGAUGGGAGGCAAACCAAUCAAAACCUCUUCAAAUAAGCUUCUCAACGUUCAGUAUUCUGUAAAAGAUUUAGACAAUCCUUCGUUUAUAAUCGAUAAAUAGCAACAACUUUUUAGUAAUUUUUUAAAAGAAUGGCCUAUGUGCUAAUUUAUAGAGGAGUAGAAGAAGGUGGCAUAAUGGGAUAGAAAAAUAAUUCCAUUUGUUGCUAUUUUUGAAAGUCAGCCAUUAGCUUCCCUAGCAUUUGCUCUAAAUCAUCCAAAUUAUCUAAAAGCAAUAAAUUAUUAUGAAAACUUUUAAAAGGCAGACUAGGAAUAAUAGAAAAUUGUUUUAAGUAAGCUAAUGUUGAUCAAAUCUGGUCAAUAAUCAGGAAAAUGGGAUUAAGAAGAUUAGAGUCUCCCAACGGAAUCCUUAGCAACAAACGAUACUAAUUAAAAUUUAAAUUUACAGUAAUCUAUACCUUAAAAAAAGGAAAAGAACUACAUCACAAUUACUUUGGAAUAUGAUAAGGUAAAGGGUAUGAAACCAUCAACCAGUAGAGAAUAAAUUCAAGAAGACGACAAAACCAUAUUAUCAUAAUAAUCAAAUGCAAAUAGUUUAGGGAAUUAGUAAUUUUCUGUUAAAAAGUCAAAAACGUAAAAAAUAUUGAUCUACUUCCCUACUUAAUUUGAAGCUUUAAGGGCCUCAUUUGGAAUCACUUUAGAUUUAUUUAUAAAUUCACUAAGUGUAACAGGAUCUUGGAAUGCAAGUGGCGGAAAGUCAUCAUCCAAGUUCUUCAAAUCAGAUAAUGAACUAUUUGUUGUAAAGAAAUUUGAUGAGGAAAAGGAAUUUAGAAUGUUUGAAGAGUUUGCACUGGAUUAUUUUAGAUAAAUGCAUCGACAUUUUUAUGAAUCUUAAAAACCUUCAUUACUUUGUAAAAUAUUUGGAAUGUAUGAGAUUAGAGAUAAAGGUAGUCCUGAGUUUUAUUUAAUUAUGGAGAAUUUGUAUUAUGGUAUAGGCAACUAAAAAGAUUUGCUAGUUUAUGAUUUAAAGGGAAGCGAAACAAAUCGAUGGGAAAAGAAAGUAAACAAAGUGUUAUUGGAUACAAAUUUUAUCAUUGAUAGAAAUGCAGAGCCGAUUCUUGUGUAGAAUGAAUGUUAUAUUUAUAAUGACAAAGCAUUUUAGAGUGAUUGUAAAUUUUUGUUAAGGAAGUAAAUUGUUGAUUAUUCACUUUUAUUGAUCAUUAACAACAAGUAGAAAAAAAUAAAGCUAGGCAUCAUAGAUUAUUUGAGAUUCUACACAUGGGAUAAAGAAACUGAAAGGCUCCUGAAAUUUGUACUCAAAGGUGGAAAGGUCCCCACAAUUAUCAAUCCACAUGACUAUAAAUAGAGGUUUUUAACAGCAAUAGGAAGAUAUUUUAUACACGUUUGA